CUUGGUCGGACCUUCUGCGUUUUAAGGAAGAAACACUCAAAUCAAUAAAUACAGACGUGAGAGAAACGCCUGGCAACGCUUGGCCACGCUUUCACGUGGCAGCGAUGUUCAGAUGGCCCGGGUGCUGCAGAAGGAUGCAGAGCAGGAGUCUCAGAUGAGAGCAGAGAUCCAGGACAUGAAGCAGGAACUCUCCACCGUCAACAUGAUGGACGAGUUCGCCAGAUACGCCAGGCUGGAGAGAAAGAUCAACAAGAUGACAGAUAAGCUCAAAACUCAUGUGAAAGCACGGACAGCGCAGUUGGCCAAGAUCAAGUGGGUGAUGAGUGUUGCCUUCUACGUAUUGCAGGCUGCCCUGAUGGUCUCCCUCAUUUGGAAAUAUUAUUCGGUUCCUGUGGCUGUGGUGCCCAGUAAGUGGAUAACUCCGCUCGACCGGCUGGUGGCGUUUCCCACUAGAGUAGCAGAGUCCAGAAAAUGAAUGAGGAAGCAAAUUCUCCCAUGAUUCCACAUUACGGGGAUUACUGGUGACGAGGACUGAACAGAACUCACCACAGUUACUUUAGAAUCUCCAAACGCAUUGCUGGCAGAGGCCUGACUAGAGGGUGGCUGCUGCAUCUUACUCGUCCACGUCUCCUCAGACCCUUCAGUAGCAGGACUUGUUUGGUCGUUUUUAAAGACGCAGCCUGAUCCAAAGAGUUCCUCCAUGAGAUUGCUCUUCUUUGCUCUGAAAGUUUCGUCUUUUGCUUUUGUUCUGGGAGACUUACCAAAAGAGGGCUCGUACCUGCCCCCGGAGUGCCUGGGCUUCAGCUCUUGGGCGCCCCCGCGCUGUUUGCCUAUGCUGUGGUUGCAUCGCCAGGCACCUGGUUUGGCUGGCCCACCGGACGCAGGAAGCCCAUGAUGCAGGUUUUCCGUGGCUUCUGAGAAUAAAUAAUGCUUUCUUUGUCGGAGGUGUA